AUGAUCACCCAAUCUCCAACAAUCUUCCUCACCUCUGCCACCGGUAGCCAAGGCCUCAACCUCGCCCGCCUCCUCCGCUCCCAAUCUCCCCCCUGGUCAGUCCACGCCACAGUCCGGUCCCUCACCUCACCCGCUGCCCAGGAACUCUCCUCCCUAGGUGUAUCCCUCGCCCUCGGUUCCUGGGAUGAUCUCCCGGCCCUUGAACAAGCCCUCAGGGGUUGCACCGCACUCUUCCUCAACCUCAUCAUUGACUUCACCGACUUCUCCCAUGAACUCACUCAAGCGAAGAACAUCCUGUCUCUUGCCAAAGCCGCUGGUGUAAAGCAAGUCGUCUACUCCAGUGCAGCGGCUCUAUCCUCCCUUGAGGAACACUUCGACGUGGAGAAAGACGGAAGCCCACUUAUGGUCGCCAGUCUGAAGUCGAAGCAGGCUAUUGAGAAGGAAAUUAGGAACGGUGGCUGGGACAGCUGGACUAUCCUUCGUGGCGCGAAUUUCAUGGAGAAUCUGCUUGAUCCCAAAGUUGCGAUGUAUCCAGGGCUGAAAGAAACGGGGGUGUUCAAGGUCGCGUUCAAAUCACAGCAAAAGCUCCCAUUUGUGGAUACGGCCGAUAUCGCCAAGUUUGCGUUGGAGGCUUUUAAGAAUCCGGAGGGGGGGCUAAAGGGGAAGGAGGUGAAUAUCGUUGGGGAUGAGAUAACACCCGAGGAGUUGAUGAGGUCGUUGAGCAAGGCAACGGGACGGGAAAUGAGAUUUCAGGAGCUAACGGAUGAGGAGGUUCAGAGAGAGAAGGAAAGAAAUCCGUUUAUUACUGCUGGGUUGGCGAUUAGGGUGAUGGGGAAGUUUAUGAAAAAAGAGGAGACGGAAAGGUGGGGCUUGGAGUUGACAGGGUGUGAGGAGUUUGUGAAGAGGAAUGAGGAGGCAGUUAGGAAGACAUAUUUGUAG